CUGUUCUAUCUCAUCACUUUCGAAUCCCUCUGCCCAUAGUCGUCCCCCUGUGUCUCUCCGUGUCUCGCCGUGUCCCCCAACGACAUGCCAGGCAUGGACAAGCUACCCCUGGAGGACGCGCUGGACGACAGCCCACAGACUCGCUCGCUGAUGAGCGUGUUCGAGGAGGACGCCGUGAUGUUUGCGGAGUUCGCCAACCGCCUCUCGGGCGCCAUGCAGAGGGUCCACCAGGCACAGAAUGAGCUCUCUCUGGCGACACAAAUGCUCUCGCAGCAGUUGCUUGACUAUGGCAAACAGCGUUUCCCAUUGGCUGGCGAUGAUGAGGUCAUGACGUCGACCCUGCAGCAGUUUGCCAAGGUCAUCGAUGAGCUGAGCUCCCAGCAUGCCGUGCUCACCACACAGAUGGCCGACGCCAUGAUAUUUCCCAUGAAGCAGUUCAGGGACAAGAAUCUUGCGGAACUCCUCAGCCUCAAGCAGAUGAUGCAGAUUUCCACCAGUGAGCACGAAACUGCCGUGACAAAGUACAGCCGCCUCUCCAAGCGGCGCGAGAGCGAGAAGGCGAGGCACGACGCCACCGAGGAGGUGUAUGCCUUCCGACGCAAGCAGCACCAGACGAGCCUGCAAUACUGCGCCACCCUCAACGCCAUGCAGUACCGCAAGAAGGUUGUCACUCUGGAGCCCCUGCUCGGCUACCUGCAGGCACAGUUUGGAUUCUUCCGCAUGGGGUCCGAGAGUCUCUCCCAGCAGCUGGAGGAAUUCAUCGGCAACAUCUGCGCCAGCGUUCAGAGCGUGCGCAAGGAGCUGGACACAGAGCAGGAGAGCUCGGACCUCAGGGUGAAGGAGCUGCUGGAGGCGUGCGAGCAUCUCUACUCGCCCGAACCCCCGCCCGGCGGCGCCAUGCCAGACUGCACGCUCACGCGCAAAGCUGGCUACCUUAACCUGCGGCAUAAGACGGGGCUGGUGUCAUCGGCAUGGGAGCGGCUCUACUUCUUCACUCAGGGAGGGAACCUCAUGAGCCAGGCACGCGACGCGGUAGCCGGCGGGCUCGUCAUGGACCUCGACAACUCCUCCGUCAUGGCGGUGGACUGCGAGGAUCGCCGCUUCUGCUUCCAGAUUUCCGCCUUCGACGGGAAAAAGGUGGUGAUAUUACAGGCCGAAAGCAAAAAGGAAUGUGAAGAGUGGAUUGUCACGAUCAGCAACAUCUCCCGUCAGAUCUACCUUACGGACAACCCACAGGAGGUGGCGGCACGCGUACACCAAUCGGCCAUGCAGUCCGUGACGCCCACAUCCUCCUUCCAGGAGAGACACCGAAGCCUGCGACCACGCACCUCCACCUCGAGUCCCCGCUCCUCGGUGAGCGAUGACGCAGCACAGGCGGCGACUGGCGGCAGUGGCGGCGGCUCGUCGACAAACACCCCCGCGUCGACGCCGGCCAAGACAGCCAUGGCGGCCCAGGCCUCCCCCCACCGUGCCACCACCUUGCAGCUCGUGGUGCCGGGCACGCCGAUCCAGUUCGACAUCAUCUCGCCGGCAACGGAGGAGCAGGAGGGACGUGGAGGCACGGGGGCCGGGGGCACCGGAGGAAGGCGGCAGAAUCCAUUCGGGGAGGAGGGAGAGGAGGAUCAACCAGGCUCUGAAGAGUCUCAGCUGCUGCAGCAGCUCUACGUGGUUCGCUUCCUGGGCUGCAUGGAGGUGGGCGCCGACCCAGGGCCCGACGUGAUCUACGAGACCAUACGGCACGUGCUGACCUCACGUGCCAUCCACAGCAUCUUCCGCAUGACCGAGUCGCACCUGCUCGUCACCUGCUCGCAGCUCAGGCUGAUAGAUCCUCAGUCGCAAGUCACUAGGAUUGGUUUCCCACUGCGCCAGGUGGGAAGCUGCGCGCCGCACUCGGAGAACCGCCGUCUCUUUGGCUUUGUACUGCACACACCCACGGCUGUGGGGCCCGAGGGGAGGACCUCGCUCUCCUGCUACGUCUUCGAGUCCAACAACGAGGGCGAGAAGAUCUGUGACUCGAUCGGACUGGGAAAACAAAUCUCGCUUCACAACACGCUGGAGCGCCGUGCGGCAGAGUGCCAGCUGGAGUUACAGGCUCAGCGUGAGCGACAGGAGCUGGAACUGAACAAGCAGAAGGCCAUUGAACAGGACUUGGAGGAGCAAAGCCGCCUUAUUGCCGCGUCGGCCAAACCGUCCAAUGAGCAUGCAACGUCGGGUGACGGACAGACGCUGCGGCUGAGCGAUGACCAAUCAGCGAUGGACAAGGGGGUGGAGCCUGGAAAGGGGACGGAGUCGGAGGCCUGAGCUGAUUAGCGAAGGCCUCUUGUGUUUUUUCACGUACUCAACGGACGGAAUAUCUUUGCGCACUUUCUUGUCUUUCUAUGGAGAUGUUAUGCAUCACUGCAGUUUCUAGGGCUGAGACCGACCAACUGAACAAAAUUAUCCUUAUGACGGUACCCUGGGUACCAAAUCAUACAUAAUGGCCCGAGGCAAAUUAAAUAUUGUAUUUCUGGGACAUUUUUUUCCAGGGGUGUACUUAACUCUGUGACUGGGGUACCAAUCAAUCUGAAAUCAGUGCUACACUCCGCGAUGUCGAAACACAGCGAAGACGAUUGCGCUGAAACACUGAACACUCGUACGCACCGUGGUGGUGCAUCGUGUACAGCUCUUCGAGAUAAGUCUAUUGCAGCAUCGCCGACCAUCAACAGACUAAAAAUGACUGCAUCACGGACAUUAUACCGCCAUAAGGUUUAAAUGUUAUUUGUUAAUACAACGACGUCAUUCUUAAAUAAUAAGCUAGAACAAAAACAAUGUAACUGAAACACAUUAUACAAAAAAACUUGCUAUUGGGGAAGCGGUAAUAAAAUAUAUUAAUAUGGGUGGAAUGAGUGACCUUACUUGCAUCACGUUUAUUGGUGGCACUGGUUAAGGCAGGGGUUAAGAUAUUUUAAUGCGUGGAGUAUAAUCAUGUGUUGGCAAGUAACGGGUAAAGAUUGCUGUGAUUUGACAGCUGAAUAUUUCCACAAGCGGUCUUUUCACGAACACAAAUUUUAUCCUUCGGCUGUAAGUCUGCCUGUAAUGACUACUCAGCUAUUGAGAAAAUUGGUUAUUUGUACUUGCACUUUGCGUACAAAAUAUAAGGACAGAAGGGUAAAUAAAAAAUAAAUUGAGUUGCAUCACUUUCAACUCCAUACGA